GCCAACAGACCUGGAAGAAAGACUUUGUCUUGGAGCUAACUCCUGUGCAUUUUGAGAUCAUUCAUCAUGAAGUAUGUAGUACAGGAAUGGCUCAGAGUAACUACCUUGCUAUUCAUAGCUCAAGCAGUUUCUGCAAUGGUUCUUCCCAAUGCCACGCUCUUAGAGGAACUUUUGGAAAAGUACAUGGAUGAAGAUGGUGAGUGGUGGAUCGCCAAGCAGAGAGGGAAAAGGGCUAUCACAGACAGUGAUAUGCAAAGUAUCUUGGAUCUUCAUAAUAAAUUACGGGGUCAGGUGUAUCCGCCAGCUUCCAAUAUGGAAUAUAUGACAUGGGACACAGAACUGGAGAGAUCUGCAGAGUCAUGGGCUGAAACCUGUCUAUGGGAGCAUGGGCCUGCAAGCCUUCUUCCAUCAAUUGGGCAGAAUUUGGGGGCGCACUGGGGAAGGUACAGACCCCCAACAUUUCAUGUCCAAGCAUGGUAUGAUGAAGUGAGAGAUUUCACGUAUCCCUAUCCUCAUGAAUGCAACCCAUAUUGUCCUUACAAAUGCUCUGGUCCUGUUUGUACACAUUACACACAGGUUGUUUGGGCUACAAGUAGCAGAAUUGGCUGUGCAAUUAAUUUGUGUCAUAACAUGAACAUCUGGGGACAGAUUUGGCCAAAAGCUGUCUAUCUUGUAUGCAAUUAUUCUCCUAAGGGUAACUGGUGGGGUCAUGCUCCUUAUAAACCUGGCCGCCCUUGCUCUGCGUGUCCCCCUAGUUUUGGAGGAGGUUGCAGAGAAAAUCUUUGUUACAGAGAGGAUUCAGAAAGGCCUUAUUCUCCCCACGAACCAGAAGAGGAAACCAAUGAGAUUGAACGUCAGCGAUCCAAAGCCCAGGAUGCGAUGGCACAAAGCUGGCCAAGAACUCAUUCACCUUCAGGCUCCACGGGCACUGAUGACAGUGAGAAAAAUGAAGUAAUAAGCACACAGCAAAUGUCUCAGAUUGUUUCAUGUGAAGUAAGGCUAAGAGAUCAGUGCAAAGGAACAACUUGCAAUAGGUAUGAAUGUCCUGCUGGCUGUUUGGAUAGCAAAGCCAAAGUUAUUGGAAGUGUACAUUAUGAAAUGCAAUCCAGUAUUUGUAAAGCUGCCAUACAUUAUGGCAUCCUAGACAAUGAAGGUGGUUGGGUUGAUGUCACUAGGCAAGGAAGGAAAAAUUACUUUAUCAAGUCUUAUAGAAAUAGCGUUCAGUCAAUUGGAAAAUACCAGUCUGCUAACUCCUUCACUGUCUCUAAAGUAACAGUUCAAGCUAUCACCUGUGAAACAACAGUGGAACAAUUGUGCCCAUUUCAAAAACCGGCCUCACACUGCCCAAGGGUGUAUUGUCCUCGCAACUGUAUGCAAGCAAAUCCACACUAUGCUCGUGUAAUUGGAACACGAAUUUAUUCAGAUAUAUCCAGUAUCUGCCGGGCAGCAGUACAUGCUGGUGUAGUCCGCAACCAGGGCGGUUAUGUUGAUGUUAUGCCAGUAGACAAAAGAAACGUGUACAUUGCUUCCUUUCAAAAUGGGAUAUACUCAGAAAGUUUACAGAAUCCUCCAGGAAGCAAGGCAUUCAGAGUAUUUGCUGUUGUUUGAGUCUAGCAAGUAAAAUGUGAAACAGGCAAGUGAAACCAGAGCACUUGGAAAAGAAUAAUAAAGGCCAUUUCUUAUAAUUCCUAAAAUUUGUAUAAAGCUGUAACAUUAUUGUACAGAAGAUGUAUACUGCUUUCCACCAAAAAGUUUAUUUUACAUAUAUAUCUUAAUGAAAAAAAUCUCUAAAAGGAAACAUGGGAGAAGAAUUCAUUUGAAAAUCUAUAAUGAUAUAUAACAGUAUUUUGAAUCCUGUGUUAAAUAUUGCUAUAUUUUCUUAGCAGUUACUCGAAUACAGUUAAUUCAAAGUUCUUUGUUUUCUUCAUCUGAAUAUAUUAUUGUAUGGUGCUUUACAUAUGCCACUAACAGUAACCUUAAAACUAUACCAUAGGGAGGCCUGAGUUUUUAUUUCCAAUGUACAGAAAGUACACAAAGAAGCCAUCCCAAUAAUUCAACAUGAUAAAUCAUGCCUUAAAGUAAAUACAAUGUUUUGAUGAUUUACAGUAGCAUUGGUCAUGCAAGCAUAAAUGA